AUGACCUUUUCAUUUACCAAUUAUUUGGAGGAGAAUAAGGAUAUAUUUGCAUAUUAUGGAGGGGAGGAUACUUUCACAAAUCACACAAAUUUCGCAAAUUAUAUAAAAAAUUCUUUCACAACUAAUAUGAAAAAUUCUUUCACAAAUCAUAUGGAAAAUUCUUUCACAACUAAUAUGGAAAAUUCUUUCACAUAUAAUAUGGAAAAUUCUUUUACAAAUCAUUCAUACAAGAUGAAUGAUGUAAUACAAAUGAAUACCCUAGUUAUUGAUAAAGGCAUUGGAGUGGAUAAAGACAUUGAAGCGGAUAAAGGCAUUAGAGCAGAUAAAGGCAUUGGAGUGGAUAAAGGCAUUGGAGCAGAUAAAGAUAUUGAGCGAAUAAAGGCAUUGGAAUAG